AUGGACCCGGGGUACAUGCAAGAUGUUCUUGAGGAGUACAAGUUAGAAAACGCAAAGGGGUUGCCCACUCCUCCUUGUCUUCGGGAUUUGUUGGACAAGUCUCUGGACGAGGCUUCUCUGAGGGUUCCGUUGACCCCAGAGGCCGCCGCGCGCUAUCGUCGCACAUUGGGGAAGCUGUCUUGGUUGAGUGCCACUAGGGGUGAUCUAGUUUACUAUAUCUCCGUUUUGGCCCGGGGCCAGAGCUCUCCUCUUGAGGUGCACGAGCGUGCAAUGCGAGCGGUGUUGCGUUACCUCAAAACUGUGGUUCGCUACUUUCAGGUUUUUCCUCGGCAGCGCCAGUCUCACAUGAUUCUGCGUGCCUACGUGGCCUCUCUAGAGGCAGUGCGAGAGAGGAUUUGCGAGUUGCAUCUUGAGCAGCUCUUGCAGCGAGAGCGGCCAGAAGGGCGGUCGAACGAAGGCUGGCAGAGGAUUUUGAGUACAGCCCAGAGUGCAGUUGAGCUGCGAGUGCAGAGUAUUCAUUCAUUGCAAGACCUGUACACUUUUGCCCGCCUCAAAGAUCAUCACUUGAAAGACGUUUUCCGCUCCUUUGUCGUGGAAGACGUACACAGCUGUGCUGUGAGCGAGGAGGUCGUGCACUCCUGCUUGCGUCCGAUCGAGGAGCACCCAAGGUUUGAGAAGGAUUGUGAACUGUUUGAGGCGACCCACCGCUUCGCAGGCCUCCGCCCAAGCCUUACAGUGCCGAUUGAGCUGACUGGCCGGCUCAUGCAAGUUCUUGAGAUGAUGGCAGGGGUCAUGCGUGACCAGCAGACUGCCGCAGCUGCCCGUGCAGCCAGCAAGGAGCCCAUCCGUGCAAAGGACAUUGUCAAAGUGGUGAAAGGUCCCGAACCUUUCACUCCGACCACGCGCGACGCCGAGCUCGCUCAGUGGGGGAACUGGUCCUGGGAGCUAGAGCAAUGGUUAGCUUGCAUUGACGAGGGUGAUUCCGUGGACAUGGCCUCCCUGGGAAAGGAGGACGCCGACAGGAGUCGGUUGCUUUAUACCAUUCUUGCAAGCCUUUUGAAUGAGAAGAACAAGCGCAUGCUGCGGUCAAUCCCUCUGCAGAAUGGCUUCGAGGGGUAUCGCCGACUCAUCCAGGAGUUGACCCCCUCCAGCCGAGGUCGCAUUUUGGCUUUGGUUCAGGCCCUGCACAGCUGGCCGCCUUUCGACUCGAAGCUGAGCCUCAUGCCCCAGCUUGCCAAGUUCGAGGCCGCAGUCAUGGAGUAUGAACAGUUGAGCGGUACCACCUUUAACAACGAUCAGCAGCUUGCAGCCGUUUUGAGAUGUCUUUCGGGGCAACUCAAGACUCAGGCGACCGUGCUUAUCAGUGACUCGUCGCAGUACUCUGACUUGAGGUCUCUUAUCGAAAGGUGGGAUGCGAGCCAGACGAGUUGGUCCGCGUCUAUCGCCUCCUCUUAUGGCAUUGUGUCCUCGAGCUCGGACAAGCCGCAGCCCAUGGAGGUUGAUAGGUUGGCUCAUAAGGGCAAGCCUAAAGGCAAAGAUCCAGGCGGCAAAGGUGCUAAGGGCCCCAAAGGCAAGUAUUGUAAAGGCAAGGAUGCAACCAACAAAGGUGCCAAAGGCCCCGGCCAAGGACCAAAGGGCAAGCCUAGCCACAAAGGCAAUCCUGGCCAUCCCGGCAAGGGCAAGGGAUCCGGAAAAUUGUUGGGCGCCACGGAGGGGGUGCAGAGUGUUUCGGACAGCGCCGUCCAGCCGCAUCAGCAUCAGCCCCAGCAGGCGACGACCUAUGGAUCCAAUUACAGCGUUGCCUCCGGUGCCGCAAGCCAAGCGUCCCGCAUUGUCAGUCGAGUGCAAGCUUUGUUCGACAUUUCAGACCUCGACUUUGCAGAUGAGCCCAAUGAGAUCCGCAUGUUGACCCUGCGCAACUCCCUCGAGGAGUUCCGCCUUGAUGGCACAGAUGAUGAUGAGCAGUGGAUGCUUGCGCCAGGUGUUUCCUUCAAUGAUGAGUUUCAUGUUCGAACAGUGAUGCUUGGCAAGGCGUGUGUCAAGACAUGGGCGCGCCUCCAGCAGUCUGUUGCCUUCUCCUCUGCCGAGAGCGAGCUGUAUGCACUCGUCGAAGGUUCCAGGGAAGCCUUGGGGGCUCGUUGA